AUGGGAAAGUUGAUCAUUCUUCUUGGAGACCUAAACUGCGAUAUGCUUAAGCCCACACCUGGAUCAGCGUCUUUGAUCAAGACGACAAAAGAACUCAACCUUAACCAGUUAAUAAAAUCACCAACAAGAAUUACUGAAUCCAGUCAGACCCUCGUCGACGUUAUUUUCGUAUCCUCGCCAAGACUAGUAGUUAACAGCGGCGUCAUAGAAACCUGUAUCAGCGAUCAUUUCCCUGUGUAUGUAUCACUAAAACUUAAAACCGACAAAUCUCCACCAAACUAUAUCACUACCCGCAGCUACAAUAAAUACGACCCUGAUUUGUUCGCGAUCGAUCUAGCAUCCAACCGUGAUCGUCUUGUUUCCAUUUUCAGAAUGGACAAUGUUGAUGAAAAACUAACCAUUUUUAAUGAAAUAUUUUUAAAUACAUUGGAUAAACACGCCCCAGUAAAGACCAUAAAAGUACGCGGAAAAUCUUGCCCAUUUAUCACCCCGGAAAUAAAAGCAUCCAUGAUCAAAAGAGACCAGCUCCACAGUCUUUUCAGGAAAACACGUGAUCAUUAUGAUUGGCUUAAUUUCAGAGAGGCCCGCAAUUUUACAAAAACCGCACUUGUUAAUGCACAGAAAGAAUAUGUACUGAAGGAAGUUCAGCAACACAGAAACAAUACUGGGUCACUUUGGAAGGUAAUUAAAGAAAAUAUAGCGUAUAGGGAAAGAGAGUCAGUGGUCUACAGUAAGGAACCGAAAUUAGUGGCCGAAGAGUUUAAUCAUUUCUUUUCCACCAUUGGUGUGAAUGCAGCAAAGAAAGCCUCAACACUAAUACAAGAUCCUAGUGUUUAUCCAGCUCGGAAUCUUUCUGACGUAAAUCGCACAGAUAACAGCUACCCUGAAGAAAAUGAUAGAUUUAGUUUCACCCCAGUCUCUUGUUCAGAAAUAAGGAACAUCUUAUUAGCUAUGCCGUCAAACAAAUCACCCGGCAAAGACAAAGUGAGUAUGCGUGUCAUCAAACACAGCCUACCGGUAAUUCUUGGGCCCCUCACCGAUAUCAUUAACUGUUCACUGUCGUCAUCUUCGUUCCCUAUAGCAUGGAAAGAGGCAGAAGUUAUCCCUUUGUUAAAGGAUGGAAACCACGAGGAAGCAUCAAAUAACCGCCCACUUUCUCUCCUUACCUUUCUUUCGAAAAUUUGUGAAAAAGUCGCCUUGAAUCAAUUUGGUUCGUAUCUAAUGAAGAACAAAAAAUUGUCAACCCACCAGAGCGGGAACAAGAAACAUCACUCAUGCGAAACAUUGAAUCUUUUGACCGGAGAUACUAUCCUAAAGGCCAUGGAUGGGAAAUUGGUUACUGCACUGAUUCUAAUAGAUCUAUCUAAAGCUUUCGACAGUGUAAAUCAUACUUUUCUCCUUACAAAACGUAGCAACGUCGGGGCUUCUCCAAGCGUUGUGAAAUGGUUUGAGAGUUACUUGACCGGAAGAACUCAAUCAGUCAGAAUUGGAUCUACUGUGUCUACUCCUCUCCCUGUUUUUUAUGGUGUACCACAGGGUGCAAUUUUAUCACCUUUACUUUUUAGUAUUUAUACUAACGAUUUGCCCUCAUCAGUCCACCAUAGUAAACUUGAAUCGUACGUGGACGACUCCAAGAUAUUACUAUCUUUCACUGUGGCUAACGUGGACUGUUUAAAGCAACAACUAGAGGAAGACUUGUAUUUGAUUGCAAACAGUUGUUCCGAAAAUGAAUUGCUUAUUAACCCGGGAAAGACCAAAUACAUGCUGAUUGGCACACGGCAAAACCUACAACAACUUCCCGUAGAUAUGACCAUAAACUUCCUCAACGAGACUAUUACCCAAAGAUCUAGGAAUGACAAUCGACUCUUAUUUGACAUAUGA